GCCAGCUCAGUUCUUCGUGACAUCGCAACCGCGGCUCCUAUGUAAAAUUUCUAUCCUCUCUUCUGUCCGCGUCCGUGCACUAAAGCCGCCGAAGAAGAAGCAAAUCUGAUCGGCGAAGCCCUCCUUCUAAUCCGCGCUAGACGGAAUCCGAUAGCCUAAUUCGCUGGACUCCAAUCUGAUCAUCCACGGAAAGCUCCUUCCGAUCUGAAUCCGGAAUUAUCGCCACCUCUUGAUCGGACACACCGUCGGAGAAUCUGGAUCUCCACGAAGGUCCGCUGAUCCGCCUUGGAUUUUCCGCUGUGGAUGGGGAGUUGUAGGGAGGAAUCGGAGAGGUGGAGCGGUUGAGAAGGUUACGAUGCCGGGAUUGCUGCAGAGAGGCGUUCAAUUUGGACAUGCUCCGGCGACGGCUUGCUCGGCAUUCAGCGGCGCCGCCGGAUCUCUGCCUGUUUCUAACGCUAUCUGGUCCAGACAGCGAGAGGAUGUCAGCUUCGAUCUGCUACGGAAGUUUUGGUGCGAAUUGCCAAUCCAAGCCCGAAGGGAGCUCCUGAGGAUAGAUAAGCAGACACUUUGUGAACAAGCUAGGAAGAACCUAUACUGUUCCAGGUGCCAUGGGUUGCUUCUGGAAUGUUACUCACAAAUUGUUAUGUAUGGGAAGUCCUUGCAGCAAGAGAUUACUGGCGGAUGCUUUCCUCAAAAAACAACUGCUGAGGUCCUUGCUGACAAUGAAUCUGAUCAUUUACAAGACCCUUGUGUGCACCCAUGGGGAGGCUUGGCGACAACGAAGGAUGGAAUGCUUACUCUUCUUGAUUGUUUUAUUUGUGCAAGUUCACCUGAUGUGAUCCACAAAGUUUUUAGUGGUGCUCGGCAAAGAGAGCAUGAUCGAGAAUUGCUAUAUCCUGAUGCAUGUGGAGGUGGAGGCCGUGGUUGGAUAAGUCAAGGGUUGGCUAAUUAUGGACGAGUUCAUGGAGCAAGAGAAACUUGUGCUUUGCACACUUCUAGGCUUUCAUGUGAUACACUGCUAGACUUCUGGUCUGCAUUGGGUGAUGAAACUAGAUCAGCUCUACUCCAUAUGAAGGAGGAGGAUUUCAUCGAGAGGCUCAUGUACCGGUUUGAUAGCAAGAGAUUUUGCAGAGAUUGCAGAAGAAAUGUGCUCCGCGAAUUCAAGGAACUGAAGGAACUAAAGCGGUUGAGGAAGGAACUCCGCUGCACUAGUUGGUUUUGUGUUGCAGAUACUGCUAUCCAAUACGAAGUAUCUGAGGAUUCAGUCAUAGUUGAUUGGCAGCAUUCCUUCACAGACACAAGCACUUAUCAUCAUUUUGAAUGGGCCAUUGGAACGGCUGAAGGGAAAAGUGAUAUCUUAGAUUUCGAAGAUGUUGGCAUGAGUGGAAAAGUUGAAGUGAAAGGACUUGAUCUUAGCAGCUUCAGUGCUUGCUUUAUCACGCUGAGAGCAUGGAAACUCGAUGGACGUUGUACUGAACUAUCUGUAAAGGCGCAUGCUUUGAAUGGACAAACAUGCGUUCAUCGAAGACUAGUGGUAGGCGAUGGCUUUGUCACCAUAACAAAAGGGGAUAGUAUCAAAUGUUUCUUUGAACAUGCAGAAGAAGUUGAAGAAGAAGAGGAUGAUGACUCCAUUGAUAAAGAUGGAAUUGAACUUGACGGUGAUGGCUCCCGUCCCCAAAAACAUGCCAAGAGUCCUGAACUUGCAAGGGAGUUCCUUUUAGAUGCUGCAACGGUUAUUUUCAAAGAGCAGGUAGAGAAGGCUUUCAGAGAAGGAACCGCGCGGCAAAAUUCUCAUAGUUUAUUCGUUUCUCUUGCCAUAAAAUUAUUGGAAGACUGUGUUCAUGUUGCCUGCAAAGAAAUAAUUACACUGGAAAAGCAGAUCAAACUUCUUGAAGAAGAAGAAAAUGAAAAACGUGAGGAAGAAGAGCGCAAGGAGAGGAGGCGAAACAAGGAGCGGGAAAAAAAAUUGAGGAGGAAAGAGAGGCUGAAGGAAAAAGAAAAAGAUAGGGGAAUAAAGCUUAUUGAAGAAAAGCCACCUUGUAUUGAUUUGUCAACAUCUGCAAAUAAUCCGCUCAGAAGCAUUAAUGAUGAAUCUGGGGAGUCACUCAGUGUUCCUAGAGAUGAUAAGGAUACUUUGGAACCUACUCUUACAGAUCUGACCGAUGAUACUUCAGUAUAUGAAUAUCUAGAUACUAUGAACCAACAGAGUGACAGCCCAUGUCGCCAGGCUUAUCUUGAAGAAGGUAUAUAUUUAAGGGAAAGCAACGGCUCUUUUCUACUCAAGCAAUCAAAAUCAUCUAGACGGAAAUUACCAUUUAAAAGAGCCUCUCUUCAGGACCAGUCUCCCAACUGGUAUGACAAGCACAGAUCUGCAUUCAACAAUGUCACCAUGAAGCUAAAGGCCUCUUCCAGGUGCUUGAGCGGAGGACCGCGGCCAUUUAGAGAAAGGGUUGGGAGAAUGGAUUCUAGGAAUUGCAUUGAUGUGAGAUUCAGUGAGAAGUUUCGCUCGUCGCAAGGCCGAAUUCUUUAUCAAUCUGAUUCUUUAUCAGGUAGAACUAGUCAUCCUGGCCGGUAUCAUAUUUCUACUGUGAAAGGUGGUCGGGAAGUGAAGGGUGCAAACUCAGCAGAUUCAAUAGGGAAUUUGCCUCGGCAACUGCCUCACUACAGUAAACACAAUCGUGGCAUUCUUCCCAAAGGGAAGCUAGUUACAGGUACUUCUGGAAGAGAUCCUAACCACAUGCGGCAAGUUUGGGAGCCAAUGGACGCCCGAAAGAAACACAAUAGAAUCAACACAGAAUCUGAUCUUACUUCAAGUAAUACUGCUAAGAUCCACCCAUCAACGUCUGAUAAAGAUGAAAAGGAUUGCCACAGCCAUAAUUCACCUGAGUUUUCAAGAAAAGCCGGAGAAGUUGAUUCCUUGAGGUUUUCUGAAAAUCAGAUGGAUCAUUCUAACGAUUCAAAUAAUUGCCAAAAUGGAUUCUCACCAUCUGAGAAACCUCUUUGUUUCUCAAAGGAAGUCACAGAUGCGGACCACCAUAACCCAUCUUCCAUCAUCUCUACAUUUUCCACGAAUAACAGCUGCCAUUCCAUUAUGACCUCUUCUAGUUCCGAUAGCUGCUCAUCCUGUCCUAGCGAGGGAGACAGCAGCACCAGCUUUUCAAGCACUUUGAAUGUCGAAACAUCGUCAACUUCGGAUUCAGAAGAUGUUAGCCAGCAAUCAGAUCAAAGAGAGAAUUCAACUUGCAAUGAAGAUCCUUCUCUCAAAAACCAAAAUAUUUCACCAGACAGCAAGUUUGGCUCCAGAGGAGACAACAAAGUUGACUACAGCCAUGGCGUUAGUUCAAUAUUUAAUGUUGCCCCUCCGUCGCAAUUACAGGUACAUAAUCAACUGCCUAUGCCUACAUUUCCCCCAGAGAUUAUGGGCUAUGAAAAUCAAAAUACAAUAACUUGGUCUGGUACUCCUAUUAACGGACUAAUGCCAUUUUCCCAACACAACCACUACAUGCUCCCAACUCCUGUAGGAUAUGGCUUAACUGCAAACAGAUCUUCAGGUUUUGCAAUGCAGUAUAACACCCACACUCUGCAACCUAUUUUCUUCAAUUUAGAGCAGAAUCGCUCAUUCCAUGGCGUUAGCAAGGACUGUAGAGCUUAUCCUGCGAACCCAAACGAGCAUUUAAGAAAUGGUAAUGGUUGCAGAGAGGAACAAGUGACCGAACUGGCAGAGCCAAAACCAAAAUCCUCUGAAAGCAAAGAACUUCAGUUGAGUGAAGGAAAUGACAAAAGCACCACAAAAUCAAACGAGAGCAAUAAAUCCUUCUCAUUGUUUCAUUUCGGAGGUCCAUUAGUGGGUGUGAAAAUGGAAUGUGCGAAGGAACUUACAGGAAAUACAUUGAAGCCGGUUGAAUCUCUGGAUAAUAUUUCUUGUUCAAUGGAAGAGACGAAGAUUGAAGAGUACAGUUUGUUUGCUGCAAAAAAUAGUUCCAGGUUUUUGUUUUCUAGCUUCACCUUAUAAAAUAGGCUGCAGGAACGUCACUGCUUUGGUUGUGAAAGUUGAGUGCUUGUAUUUGGCGACAAUAAUCUUUCUCAAUGCUUUAAGUAUAGUUUCUAUUGUUUCUUCUGCUUUGGUCCUUUUUUUUUUCCUUACUUGAGGGCCAAAGAAGUGAGAGAGAGAGAGAGAGAUUUUUUCCCUUUUGGUUGGUGUAAGGAGUAAUUUUUCUAUUCUGAGUGAAGUUUGUUGAGAAAAUAAUAUUUUUGCAAAUGACGAAUGCAUUUUUGUUUCUGUA